UCUCGCUCAGAGAGGGCGUUCGGAUCCUUCGGAACUAGUUUCGAAAAUCCGUGGCGAUCCUGGCUGCGCCAUGGAUUCUGAGGGGGGGAAGGGAGAAGGGCGAGAUACGAACGGGUUCGACGAAAUCGUUCGACCGGUGAAAACAAAAGUCGCGGGCGAACGUACUCGGGCAACGUGUCAAAAUUCCCAGUCCCGUCGGUUGAACGUGGUAACCCUAAAACCUUGAAAACGUCAAGGGACAAAGAGAGUGAGUGAGAGAGAGGAAGAGAGAGAGAGCGAGGUAAACAGAAAUAUAUUGGUUAUCGGUCGACGAUGUGAGAGAGAAGACGGCGCAACACGCUGCGAAACGCCGCGCCGCACGUGCCGAUGCCGGAAAUGGAAACGCGACGAGGAUGGACGAGCUUGCGAUUACUCGAGAGCCCAUUAGGAAGCAUGCCAGAUUCGGUAACAAGUGUGACGCGCCGUCGGCGCCGCCGUCCCUGCCGCCGCCGCAGUCGCCGUCCCCUGGGAUCGGAAGCUUGCCGGUCGAGAUUAUCCUGGAGAUCCUCUCCUAUCUCAACAACAACGAUCUGCGGGCCGUCAAAUGCGUCUCCGUCUUUUUCAUGCGGAUCGCCGGCGACCCGUCGCUAUGGCGAAUUUACGAGGUGACGAGGGAGAAACAGCCGACGAAGAAAGUGCUGACGGAGCUGAGACGGAUGCCGUAUCUAAGGAAGUUCAGCAUAACCAUGCGGCCGGAGUGCGACGAUAUCCUGCGGCAGCUCUCGGUGACGAACAGGAACCUGGAGGAGCUGAACGUCACUAAUUGCACAGGCAAGACGUCGAAUCUGUUUCUGCGGUCGUACAACCUGCUCUGCAUCCUGGAGAGAUGCCGUAACCUGCACACGAUUCACAUAGUCGGCUGCCGGUUCCGCGGAUUGAAGUUCUACCGGGUGCUGGGUGCCAUCGGGCCACGGCUACGUUCUGCGUGCAUGGCCGUCACGAGGCUGCAGUUCUGCGCGUUCAUCAAGCAUAAUCAGCAGAUCGGCGAGUCGGACCGCGAGAAGAUCUGCACGAUGUGCAUGGCCGUGAAGAAAUGGGCGCCGUUCUCCUACUUCGUGGUGACGGAGGAGGGACGGGUGUGCACCGCACUGAUCACCUACUUGGACACCGACGUGGUGCUGAUCAACGUCGAUCGGUCCACCUCGAAGCUCACCAUCGCCGAGGAGCCGAGCUCCUGAGGAUCCCGAGGAUCGAGAUCGCCUGCGAUCGCGGCGGUUUUUUUUUUAAAAUAACGUGUUGCUCUUUCGGCGCUAGCUUACUUUAAACGAGUCACUUUUUUGUCUAACAAGGAAUUGCUGUUUAAGCGAUGACAAAAUCGCGACGAUUCUUUUUUUUGGACAGAUCGAAAGUUCACAAAAAUGUCGAUUUAAAGUGCUAUUCUCGUUUGAUCUUGAGAGAUCAAUAAAGAAGGAAGUGAAAAAGCGAGUAUAAAAUUCGAUUAUAUAAGAUGUUCUAAAAGCUGUUUAAAAAAGGUUACCGAGAGGUUCCUCAGAUUAUUUCAAGAAACUUUUUUCUUUGCGUAAACGAGAUCCGAGGCACCGUUGAC